AUGGCCAGCCACCAGCAGAAAGCUACCGGUCACGCCGAGGAGGCCCGUGGGCAGCUAGGAGCGGGCGCUGAGGAAGCUCGCAAGGCUACUCAGGCGAAGAUGGAGCAGGGCAAGCAGGGCCUUUCGGAGACUGGGCAGCAGAUGAAGGACACCUCGGGCCGCGCUGCCGAGACUGCUCGUGAGAAAUCCGCGCAAGCGGGUGAUGUUGCGGGGAGGAAGAUGGAGGAGACGAAGCAGGGUGCCUCUGAAGGCCUUGGUCGUGCUCAGGAAAGUGCUCAGAAGACAUGGGAGCAGACCAAGGAGAGCACUGCUCAGGCCACUGAGCAGGCGAAGCAAACAGCAGGAGAAGCCGCUCAGAGGACGCAGGAGGCAGCUCAGGGCACGGUAGAUAAGACCAAGGAAAUGGCUAGCCGCGCUGCUGAGUCUACCCAGGAAACGGGGAAGGGUGCAGCUGAGCAGGCAAGGAUUGCGGCUGAAGAAGCAGCUGCAAAGACCAGGGAGACUGCUCAGGCCGCUCAGCAGUCAGUCGCGGAUACUGUGAAGGGCAUGGGAGAACGCCUGUCUGAAAUGGCUCAAUCUGCUAAGGAGGCUCUGGGCCUGCAGGCCAUGGCGGACACCGCUGUGAAACGGUCUGAGGAGGAAAGUAACUUGCUUGAUUUUGACACGGCAGCAGUCGCCGCCGUCACGUCGGAGGAGGGUCUUAUUGAGCCACUUCCGGAUUUUGUGGAGAAGGCAUUGGUGAACUCGCGGGCCGUGUACGAUGCCAUGUACAAGCGGUCGCUCGAAGAGCCCGAAGCCUUUUGGACAGAAGUCGCGAGUCACUUCCACUGGAACAAGAAAUGGGAGACAUUCCAUUCGUACAAUUUCGACACGCGCAAGGGCCCGGUCGACAUCAAGUGGUUCGUAGGCGGCGAGACGAACCUGUGCUACAACGCCGUUGACCGCCACGUGUCUGCCGGCAAGGGCAACAAGGUGGCGCUGAUCUGGGAAGGCAACGAUCUUGGCGUGCAGGGCCAAUGGACGUACUCUCAGCUGCUUUCGCAGGUGUGCAAGAUCGCUAAUUACCUGAAGAGCGUGGGUGUGAAGCGAGGCGACACAGUCAGCAUCUACCUCCCUAUGGUGCCAGAGCUGCCUGCAGCAAUGCUGGCGUGCGCGCGCAUCGGCGCGGUGCACUCGGUGGUGUUCGCGGGGUUCAGCGCGGAGUCGCUGGCGGGGCGGCUCAUGGACUCGCAGAGCAAGGUGGUGCUCACCGCCACGGCCGUGCUGCGCGGCACCAAGCUCAUCGCGCUCAAGUCCAUUGUGGACGACGCGAUCGCGCAGUGCCCCGACGACAACCGCCCGACGACGGUGCUCGUGUACGACAACAAGCUCGCCAUCGCCCGGGAGAAGGCGUCGUUCGUGGAGGGGCGGGACCAUUGGUGGCAGGACGAGGUGGAGAAGCAGAGCGAAGUGUGCCCGGUGGAGUGGAUGGAGGCGGAGGAGCCGCUGUUCAUGCUGUACACGUCGGGCAGCACGGGCAAGCCCAAGGGCGUGCUGCACACCACGGCGGGCUACAUGCUGGGCGCCGCCACGUCCUUCAAGUACAUCUUCGACCACCACGAGGACGACAUCUACUGGUGCACGGCGGACUGCGGGUGGAUCACGGGGCACACGUACCUGACGUACGGCCCGCUGCUCAACGGCUCCACCGUGCUCGUCUUCGAGGGCGUGCCCACGCACCCCGACCCCGGACGCUGCUGGGACGUCGUUGACAAGUACAAGGUCACGGUGUUCUACACGGCUCCCACUGCCAUCCGUGCACUCAUGCGAUGCGGCGACCAUUGGCCGGGCAAGUACAACCUCACCUCGCUGCGCCUGCUGGGCAGUGUGGGCGAGCCCAUCAACCCCGAGGCCUGGCGCUGGUACCACUCCGCCAUCGGCCGUGGGCGCUGCCCCAUUGCCGACACGUGGUGGCAGACGGAGACCGGCUCCAUCAUGAUCACCCCGCUGGCGGGUGCGUGGGCGCUGAAGCCAGGCAGUGCGACGCUGCCCUUCUUUGGAGUGGAGCCCGCUGUGCUGGACGAGAAUGGCAACGAGCUCGAGGGUCCGUGCAGUGGGUUCUUGUGCAUCAAGCGAGCAUGGCCCAGCAUCAUGCGCACGGUCAAGGGCGACCAUGCUCGCUUUGAGGAGGUCUACUUCUCCAUGUUCAAGGGCUACUACUUCACGGGUGACGGGUGCCGCAGGGACGAGGACGGCUACUACUGGGUCACAGGGCGAGUGGAUGAUGUCAUCAAUGUCAGUGGUCACCGCAUUGGAACAGCGGAGGUGGAGAGUGCACUUGUGGCGCAUGAGACCUGCGCCGAGGCGGCAGUGGUGGGGUAUGAGCACCCUAUUAAGGGUCAGGGUAUCUAUGCCUUUGUCACACUCAUGGAAGGUGUGGAGCAAACGGAAGAGGUGCGAACAGCCCUCAAGUCUGCUGUUCGACAGGCCAUUGGAGCCUUUGCCACUCCUGACGUCAUCCACUGGGCUCCUGGGCUGCCAAAAACACGCUCCGGCAAGAUCAUGCGCCGGGUGCUUCGCAAAAUAGCUGCCAACGACCUCGAAACUCUUGGUGAUAUAAGCACACUCGCAGAUCCUUCAGUUGUGCAGCAGUUGAUUGAAUUGAGAGGAGUGUAG